GCGUUUUGUGGACCACAUGACACCUGACAUUCCUUCUGAGCAAGCGUGUAUACAGUAUUGGGCUAAUCUACUGGGGCUAGUUUGCUUUCCAGUGUAUGGCUUAUGGUGUGAGUACUGGGAAUAAUUAAAAAAAAACGUGCUGGGAUUAGUUAGUCAGUGUGCUGUUUUUAAUGUGCCCGCUGGGAUGAGAGAGAGAGUGUGUUCGUUGUUGUGCUAUUUUUUUUGAGGAGAGCUGGAUUCAGUCAUGUGCCUGGACGAGUUAUUACACAGACAGUGUGGGCCGGCAGCCUCAGUGUUUGCAUGGAUCCGGUGAAGCGGACUGGAGCUGCCAUCUGUGGGCUGCUGCAGCGCCGGGAUGUUCUACUGGUUUAGAGUCAGUGCCUCCUUCAUCAAAGCAGUGUGUCCGGAAUGAAGACCCUCAGGCAGGCUGCAGCAGAGACUCUGAGCCGGUUAGGUCUGACCCAGCGACACCCUGGAUACAAAGAGCUGACUGAGGUUGCUGAGUCGCCGAGAAGUCCGUUUGUCUGUGAGCCCCGUCUGUACCACACACUGCAGGCCCAAAAACCCAGCAGGCACAGGAGCCGCAGCAACAGCAUUCCGAUAGGGUGCAAGAACUACACCCAGGGCCACCAAUGGAGAAGUGGCCUACGAUUUGGGACUGCGGCCUCUUAUCUAAACCUGGAGAAACUGGGGGAAGGAUCCUACUCCACGGUGUACAAGGGGAUCAGCAGGAUAAAUGGCAAUCUUGUUGCCUUGAAGGUGAUUAAAAUGCAAGAAGAAGAAGGUGUGCCUUUCACCGCAAUCCGUGAGGCCUCGCUACUGAAGGGUUUAAAACACAGCAAUAUUGUGCUUCUGCAUGACAUCAUCCACACGCAGGAGACUCUGACCUUUGUUUUUGAAUAUGUGCAAACUGACCUCGCACAGUACAUGACCCAGCACCCAGGAGGCCUGCACACACACAAUGUCAAGCUCUUUCUCUUUCAACUCCUGCGAGGCCUAGCAUACAUUCAUCACUGCCACAUCCUUCACCGUGACCUGAAACCACAGAACCUGCUCAUCAGCUGUGUUGGAGAGCUCAAGCUGGCGGACUUCGGACUGGCAAGAGCGAAGUCUGUGCCCAGUCAGACCUACUCCUCCCAGGUGGUGACAUUGUGGUACCGGCCUCCGGACGUCCUCCUUGGGGCGACCGAUUACUCCACAGCCCUGGACAUCUGGGGAGCAGGUUGUAUAUUCAUUGAGAUGGUGGAAGGCUGUCCAGCUUUUCCUGGUGUGUCUGAUAUCAUGGAGCAGCUCCAGAGAAUCUGGGCAGUAUUGGGACUUCCCACAGAAGAGAGUUGGCCCGGAGUCACAGCACUCCCGAACUAUCGCACAGAGCACUUUAUACUUCACCCACCUCAGAAGCUGGGCCAGGUUUGGAAAAGAUUAGGCCUGGUCCCUCAGGCGGAGUCUCUAACAUCGCAGCUCCUCCAGUGCUACCCACGGGACAGGAGCUCUGCCGAGGAUGCCCUGGCACAUGAAUACUUCAGCAGCCUACCCCCUGCUUUGUUCCAGCUCCCCGACAUGAUUUCCAUCUUCAGUGUGGCUGGUGUCCGGUUGGAGCCCGAGGCCCGGAAUGCUUUCCAUCCCUUUCGGAAGGUCAGAUGCACCUCAAUCCUUGCCUGACAUGGAGGGAGAAUGGGACAGAUUGUUUUCUGUGAAUCACUGCCAUUUAACCAUCUAGAGCCCUAACAUCAAGAGACUGAAGACCCCUGAACAUGUAACCUGGCUUCAUCUUCUAAGUUCAGGAUGGACCAGCCUCUCAUCCACAAUGCUUCACUGUGCUGCAUUUGCCCCAGGAAUAUUUAAUAGGACUGUGUACAAGGAGCUUUACUCUGUAUCUAACCCAGUGUUGUACCUGUCCCAGGAAUGUUUGAUGGGGACAAUGUAGAGGGAGUCUUCUCUGUAUUUAGUCCCAUACUGUACCUGUCUUGGGAGUGUUUGAAGGGGACUAUGUCAAGGGAACUUUAAUUUCAGCUUAAAAGAGUGGAGAUAGCUUUACUCUGUGUCUAGUCCCAUGCUGUACCUGUACUUUGAAUGUAUGCAGAAGCAGCUUUAUUCUACAUGUAGUCCCUGUGUGCUGUCCCUGUCCUAGGAAUAUUUGAUGGGGACCUUAUCAAGGGAACUUUAAUUUUAGUUUAAAAGAGUAGAGGAGCAUUACUCUGUAUCUAACCCCAUGCUGUGCCUGUGAUGGAGUGUUUGAUGGGUGCAGGGUAGAGGGAGCAUUACUUUGUAUCUAACCCCAUGAUGACCUUGUCCUGGGAGCGUUUGCUGGGGAUGGCAUUGGGGAAGCUUUACUUACAGUUUAAAAGAGGGAGAUUUACUUUUGAUUUAAAAUAGUAAAUGCAGCUUUAUUGUCGAUCUAAGCUUGUGCUGUACCUAUCCUGAUAGUGUCUAAUGGGGACAGUGACAUAGGAACUUUACUUUCAGUUUAAAAGAGUAGAAACCCUUACUCUGUAUCUAACUCUGUCCUCGGAGUGUUUAAUGGAACAGUGUAGAGAAAGCUUUACUCUAUCUAACUUGUGCUAUCCAUGUCCUGGGAGUGCUUAAUAGGAACAGUGUAGAGAAGGGCUUUACUUUCAGUUUAAAAGAAUAGAUGGAGUUUUACUCUAUGCAGUCCCUAUCCUGAGAAUGUUUGUUGGGGAUAGCGUAGAGGGAGCUUGGUUUAUGUUUGAAAGAGUUGAGGUAUUUUUACUCUAUCGAAUCCCAUGCUAUACCUGUCGUGGAAGUGUUUAGUGGGGACAUUGUAGAGGGAGCUUCACUCUGUAUUGAAUCCCAUGCUGGGAGUGUUUAAUGGGACAGUGUAGAGGGAGCUUUAUUCCAUUUAUAACCUUGUGCUGUCUCUGUCCUGGAAGUGUUUAAUAUGACAGUGCAGAGAAGAACUUUACUCUUUAUCUAAUCCCAUGCUGUCCCUAUUCUGUUGUUGUGGAAAUAAGUGCCAGAAUUUGAGUGCAGUGUCACUUGUUUACUUGUUAAACUCAUGACAAUUUAAAACACAGCAGAGAGUUUUGGUGGCUGGAGCAUGUGUGAUCCAGACAGCUGUCAGCUGUGGGCUUGUUGGCGGGGAUAGGUUGUAGUCUUUGAAUUUUUGUAAGUUUCAGUACUAGACACUGGAGCUGACUUUAAACCAUGCCGUGACCAAUCAGUGUGUGCGAUGCACACCAAGGUCGCUUUGCCUGCCCUCACUCUCAAUCCUGGCCUACACUUGAAGAAUGGGACACCUGAAUGGGUUAUGGAGAAUGGCUUUCCCUUUGGACCAUAUUUUAGCAAGGUGUCUGCACCUCCCCUACCCCCGGAGUGAAGGGCUGAGAUGGAUUUGGGGUUUUGGGGAGAUGUCAUACAGGAUUGAACUUAAUAAAACCGACCCACCACAUCGGAA